AAUAUAACCUGUCAGAAAAAUCAAAGUCACAUGUCAAUUCGUUCAUUCGUUGUGGAAACGUUUUGUUAAAGUUAAAUAUUUUGGUUUUGGUUUGAUUUAAAUUUAAAAUUAGUAUUAGGUGUUAGUUUUUGAAGAUAAGUAUAUGUAGUAAGAAAUAUAAGGAGAAAGAAUCGAGAAAAAGACGACAUGAUGAUUCCACUGAAUAUGAUCCACCAAAAGAAAAGCGUCACAAACAUAAAAAGCACCACCAUAAGGAAAAGAGGCGAGAUAAAUCUUCAAAGUAUUACGAAGAAGGUAGUAAAUCUCGUUACCACGAUAGUUCGGAAAAAUCAUCAAAAAAGAAUUACCAAAGUGAUGGUGAAGACCUGAAGAAACACUGGAAUAAUUUGAGAGACUGUUACUCCAAAUACUGCCAUUGUGAAAAGACUAGAACUGGACAGCAAAGACUACUCUACAAAACCUAGCCUUGGGCACAACAUAUGGAAGUUUUCUGAUCCUUCUUGCAAUUUGCUCAAACAGAGUCCAAUGUUUCAGAUCCUGGCAUUGCAGAAUCAUUAGAAAUAAUUAAUGAAGUAGUUAAUAGGCAGAACGAGCCUUCUCUAAUAGAAGAAAACUUGACAACUGAGAUGUUCUAUGUUCACAAUAGACCUAUAGAAAAGUUACAUACUAAUUUGAGGACUUAGGGUCACUCAAAUGUAACUACAUUUUUAAUAUUUUUGGUAUUUUUGUGUACAGACAAUAUGCAAAUGCGUUUCUACAUAUAACGUUCAACCCCAAUAUAUCUGUACACAAAAAUAAAGAAAAUAAAACAAAAUGUAGUUACUUUUGUGUGAUCCUAAGCCCCCGAAUAAGACAUACCAUAUUCUUCACUAGAUAUAGUUAUAGCUUUUUUAAAUAUACAGCACAGUAGUGGUGACGAAAGUGCUUACAAGAUCGAUUUAGUUUUUUGGGGCUAUCUAGUGAGCGUUAAAAAACUAUCACCACAAUGUCAGACGCUCAUUAAAUAUAAUACUGCUAAAUUAAUAAUGGAAGGGAAGUUAUCUCAGCAAGCAGAAAUCCGACCAGAAACAAGUAAUUCCUUCAGAUCUUCUCCUUUACCCUCCACUUUACAUCUUCAUUCACCAAACGAACAAUAUGUAUACAGUGCAAGACCAGAAGAUUCUAAUAACAGCCAUUUUUCUGCAAAAUGAUUUUAUAUAUUUGACUCCACUUUACAUCUUCAUUCACCAAACGAACAAUAUGUAUACAGUGCAAGACCAGAAGAUUCUAAUAACAGCCAUUUUUCUGCAAAAUGAUUCAGAUGUUAUCGAAAUUAUUGAGGAUGCCUCACCUCCCCGUGUGCCAGAACCUGUACCGAAGAAGACCUCCCAUCCAGAACCGACAAGCCACGCUUCAGGGAACCAACAUGUUGAAAGUCUGUCCAUCGAAGAAACUAACAAACUUAGAGCAAAGUUGGGACUUAAACCGUUAGAUGUGGGCACUUCCAGUAGCAAUAGCAACAAUUCAAAAAGUAGUAAAGAUAAAGAAUUACUAAAAGAUGAUUUAGGUGAGUUCUACCAUAAACCUGCAGAAAAUUUGGUUGAAAAGGCACAGCAAGAUAAGAUAAGGGCCAAGCUUCAAGAAAUACGUGAGAAACGACAAAUGCAUACUAAAUUAUCGUCAGUUAAGACAUUGGGUGAGAGCGAUAGUGAAGAUGAUUUAUCAUCAUGGGUACAAAAAAGCAGACAUAUUGAAAGUGCGAAAAAAGAAGCGGAAAAACGUGCUAAAAUGUUAGAAGAACUGGAUGCUCAGUUUGGAAUUAGUGAUUUUGUUGAAUCAGAAAAUAAAGCUAAAAUGAAGAAUAAAUAUUCAGAACAAGAUCUCAGAGGUCUAACAGUACAACACGAUGUAGACAAUUUUGCUGAAGAAAAAACAGUUAUUCUCACUUUAAAAGAUAAAGGCGUACUAGAUGAAGAGGAUGAUGUUUUAGAAAAUGUUAAUAUGAUAGAUGAUGAACGUUAUAAGAAAAAUAUUGAAAAUAAGAAGAAAAAAUCUGUUUAUAAUCCCUAUGAAGACUCAGAAUUUGAUGAAUUUGGUAAUUAUAAAGAAAAAUCAUUAUUGUCUAAAUAUGACGAAGAAAUAGAUGGUGCUAAGAAAGAUACUUUUAAAAUUGGUUAUGAUAAUGCUGUAGAACGGAAGCUACAAGCAGUACAAUCAGUUAAAGCAAAACUGGCACAAAAGAAGCUAGAAAGUUUGGACAAUACACAGCUCAGGAUAGCUUCGGAUUAUUACAAUGAAGAAGAAUUAGCUAAAUUUAAAAAGCCCAAAAAGAAAGUAAGAAAAAUAAGAACAAAAGGAAAACUGAUAAGCACAGAUGACAUAAAACCAGAUAAUGCUGGUAUAGAAGCUAUUGGAUCAAGAAGACCUAAAGUUAAACCCGAAAAUGAAUAUGAUAUAGAUGAUGUUCCUUUGGCAGAUAUUCCUACAGAUAUUAAGAUUGAGGAUGAUAAAGAUGACAUACUAGAAAAGGCAUUACACAAAGCUAGAAAAAUCAAACAAAAGGAAAAUAUUGUAGCUGAUAUAAUAAAAACAGAAAUAAAAGCAGAACAGGAAGAAGAAAAUUUGGAUGGCAGUAAUAUAAUUUUGAACGCAACAGCUGAAUUUUGUCGAACUUUAGGUGAUAUUCCAACUUACGGUAAAUCCGGAAAUAGAGAGGAAACUGAGGAUGUGAUGGAAUUUGAUAAAGACAGUGAUGAUGAACAACCUGAUAGCGAUGAUGACUGUAAGAUUGUGGAAGAUGGUACAGGAUGGAACAGUGUAGAUCCCAGUAACCAAGGAAUGAGUUCUACUCAAAUCGGGGUACAGGAUGUGCAGAUUUUGGGUGAGGAACCAGACGUGAGUACUGGUGUUGGAGCUGCACUUAAGUUAGCUAUGAGCAAAGGUUAUCUCGACAAGGAACAGAAAAAUCGUCCGUCGAAUUCUCGUUUAGCUCACCUUCAAGCGAAAAACUAUUCCAUAGAAGAUAAGUCGUACGGAGAUGAUGGGGACAGGCAAAGCCGACGAGAGAGAUACGCAGGCCCUAUAACAGAGUUUAAAGAAAAGGAUAGCUUUAAACCUAAUGUCAAACUCGAAUAUAUCGAUGAUGAAGGUCACAUUCUAAACUCGAAAGAAGCUUUCAGGUAUUUAUCCCACAAAUUCCAUGGGAAGGGCCCUGGCAAGAAUAAAGUAGAAAAAAGGAUUCAGAAGAGUGUACAAGAACAACUUAUGAAAAAGAUGAGCUCCACGGAUACCCCUCUUGGUACCCUAAAUAUGUUACAAGCUAAGCAAAAAGAAACACAAUCUGCCUUUGUUGUACUAUCAGGAAAUAAGCAGACACAGUCAACAUCUCUAUCCAAAACCCGAAGAUAAGAAAAUAUUGAAUGCUAUAUAUUUAUUGUUAAUUUUUGGUGUGUAAAAUAUAUUCCAUUAUGACUAGCAAACAUCUGUAAACGAUAUAUUAUACAGAUAUUAUAAUAUUAAAAUCA